AUGUUUGCUCGUCCAAUAGUCUGCUCAGUUUCUCAAGGGUUGCUUAGGCCUGUGCAGAACCUGUCACCUUGGAGAUUGACUCCAUUUUGUGCAAUCGGACAAGGUUCCUUCUCAAGCCUGUCCGUGCGGUUAUCAUCGAAACAGUCGCCACCAGGAGAAUCGACUCGGAAGGCGGCUGUUUCGGGAUCGGGGACUCCAGUACACCGACGGAAAACAGCUGCAAAUACGUCGCUUCGUCGGGUUGCGGUAGAAGCGCAGCGCUCGAGGAGCGGCGUACUUUCGAGGGACCAGCUCGCAGAGAAAGGGCUAGAUCAGAGCAAGGCAGUUAAUGCUUAUGCCGUUGCUGAGCGGUUUGAUCUUGCUCAGGUCAGAGAUAUCGUACAAGAAAAGGGCUACGAACCUGACCCCUUCAACACUCAGCUGUACCCGCAAGUUUUACAUAUUCAAGUUCCACUCGAUUCUGUUCGUCGAUUGUCAAACCCGAAUGUCACAGAUCUACCCUCUGAUGAAGUCGGUGACGUAUUCGUUUUCCCUUCAGGAACCGUGGUCUCAUGGUCGCUCCCGGACAACUUUACAGAGUACUUCGCAUCCAAAACACUGCAACCAGCGGCUGUGGGUCAGCAUGGGGAUAACUUGGAAACAGAGAAUUUAGAUUUUGUCGAGGAUGCGGACCGCGAUAAUAGCUAUAUUAAGGGAGAUACUAUUAUUCUGGGCACCAAACAUAGCGUGAACGAACAGGAAGCUGCUAUGGCCAAUCGCCAGAAUGUUGACACGGUACUAACAAAGAUCGCGUUUUCAUCUGGACUGGCGCGCAGUACGAAACUUGCUGUCCUAGAAAGCCUCCUCUCCGAUUAUUUUGAAUCAACACGAAACAUUCCAACCUUGCUCUCACGAGGCUCACGUCUGCCAUAUACGAGGGAUUUCAUUCUCCGGAAGACAGGUCAACUGCUCAGCGUCAGGGCGCAGUUAAAUCUGUACUCUGAGCUAACUGAUUCUCUACCAGACAUAUUCUGGGACAGCCGCCACGACCUCGGUCUUGAGGGCUACUAUGAACAAGUGGGCAGGGCCCUGGAUGUUGGCAUCCGCAUUAAGCUAUUGAAUGAAAAGAUGGACUACGCGCAAGAAAUUGCCAGUGUCUUGCGUGAAAGGCUAAGUGAGACCCAUGGGCUCCGGCUAGAAUGGAUUAUCAUCCUGCUUAUCGCGGUCGAAGUGGGCUUUGAAGUGCUCCGACUGUGGUCAGAACGCGAUCAAGGAGAGGAGAAAGCGGACGAGGCAGCAGCAACAACGCGAUGA